GCAGCAUCAGUGUGUGUCUGUGUGAGUGUGAGCGUGUGUAGUAGCUUUAAAUGGGGGAAUCUGGACACCCUCUCUGAAUUGAAUAGGACCCUCUGCAGGCAGGCCGUGCUUUUUUUUGUAGCCCCUCUCAAUGUGCGUUUUACCAAAUGGAAGCAGAGGUGUUGAGCCCCCAGAUGAUGGCAGACGUCAAUGGCAACAAUAAAAUCACCAACGCAGAGCUGGAGGUGUUAAAGCUGCAGGAAUUGGUCCGAAAAUUGGAGAAGCAAAACGAACAAUUGCGGACCAGAGCUAACGCUGUAAACAAUUGCUCCGUCGGCCCUCAUCUCCAGACCUCGUUGUCGUGUUUGCACGUCGGUACGUCGUGUGCGAGUGACAAUUUCUCCACUAAAUAUGACAUUUCAAGUCCGUGUGCCCCCGCUGGAUCUCGGGGUUCACCGGAGGAGCCGUUCGCCUAUUUCCAGCCCAGCUCGUUGUCUCCUGACGCCGCUGGGGAGGACAGCGGCGCCGAUGGAGACACAACUGUUUUGGAUGAGGUUGAUAUUUUGGACCUGAACCUGCUCCCUGUAGGAGAGCCUGAUAGCUGGUUGUAUGUGAGCCCCAAAGCCAAGAUGCAGAGUGACUGUGUCCUCAGCCCUCUCCAGUGGUGCAGGCAGGUCCUGGACCACCCCGGGCCUGAGGUGGAGCUGGCCAAGAUGACCCUCUGUCACAGACUCGACCAAGCUAAGCGGAGGCGAGGAGUCUCCUCCGUCCGUCCUUACAGCUGCAUAGAGGGGCUCUCCACCCUCAGCUGCCCCGUCCUGCCUUACUCUAAAUCUGCUGCACUAACAGAGUCCCCAGCCCCGCUGCUGUCCCCCAGCCCGUCUUACAUCCAGCCGUCUCUCCCGCUCAGGAGCAGCUGCAGCCUCAUCGACAGAGCACCCACCUUCCUGUCUAACUCCACUCUCCACAAUGUUGGUCGCCAGCGUGCAGCAAUCACCCCCCAGUCUUCCCUGGACAGUGAGGUGGGAGUGUCAGAGCUGGAUGACGACUCCAUCUCGAUGAGCUACAAACUGCAGGACAUGACAGAUGUGGAGGUCAUGGCACGACUUCAGGAGGAGAGCCUACGACAGGACUACGCCUCUACCUCAGCUACGGUCAGCCGUCGCAGCUCCAGCUUCUCCUUACACUCCCUCAGGCGCAGUGAGAUGGAUCUGGAGGAGGAGGACGAGGAGGACGAGGUGUACGACCAGCUCCCUCCUCCUCAGCCUCGACUCUUCCGCACAGGGUCUAUGCAGCGGGGCAGCCUGCCCCAUUCCCACACCUUCUCCAGUAUCAGAGACUGCAGACGCAGCUCCAUCACCCCUCAGUUUUCUCUCAGUGGACUCUCACAGUACUCCGGACCCACCAGCCUGACCACAGACUCACACACAGUAUACAGAAAUAGCACAGACAAGCUACGCAGAAGCAUGCCCAACCUGAUCCGAGCUCCCAGCAUGCCCAGUGUCCCCAGUAUUCCAUGCCUGGCUUCCCCCGUCAACCCUCCCUCACAUGGCCCAUCCUCCUUACCAACGAUUCCCUCCCUACGGAGCAGCCAGAGCUUUGACUCGUCCAAUGGGCUUGCACGACUCCAGUCCUCCAUUCCUUCUCCAGGCCAGCUCAAUCAGAGGGUCCAAAGCGUGGGCAACUUCCCCACCAUGUCCCGACACCCUCUCAAAGCCACGGCCUACGUAAGCCCCACCGUGCAGCAGGGCCCCACCUCCACCUCCCUGUCCACUUCGGUCAGUCUACACUCCAUCCCCAGCAUGGCCGCUCUGCCUCAGCCCCUCAAACCCAGCAGCAGCAACAGUCUGGUACCUCAGCCCCUAAAAGCCAGCGCCAACCAGCCGGUCAUCCCUCGCAGCUCCCUCCCUCGUCCGGCCUCCUUUGUGGCGACAAGUGGAGUUCCACGUCCGAGUAAAAUCGGCCAACCCACACGCAGUUUGCUGACUCCUCCAAAGAGCAUGGCUGCCCUGAGCGCCCUGAGGGACGGCAGCUGGAAAGACGGCUGCUACUGAACCCAAAUCAGCAUCAAGGUUAAAGAGGUGAACAGGGUAAAGCUGCAUCGAACCUUCUGAUUUGAAUUUUUCAACAUCAGGAGGGACCGUAGUCUUGGGUUAAGACCCAAGAGAGAGUGACUGUUAACAUUUGUAAAGGGCACAAGUCUGAAGGUCAGAGUAGAGACUGAAGACAGAAUGGGUCCAGCAGGCUGGAUCUGAACCUUAACACCUGCUGAAACACAGACUGACACACUUUGAAACAACCUGGCAAUAUUCUGAUAAUCAGUAAUUAAAUGUGAAGUGGAUCUUCUUUAAUAUGUUGUUUUUUGAUUUGUCGUUGUGGAUAGUUAAGGCUUUCAUUCGACAGAAUGAAAAUUUCUCUCCAGUUGAACAGUAAAAGGAAGAAACUCAUGCUUUUGUACAUGCUUUUAAUGAUUUCAUAAGACUAAUUCUGCUGACUGUGAUGUUGGGAAUGAAGUGAAACCUGGAAUUUUGUUACAUCCUGUGCCUGUUUGAAAGUUGUGUAAUUCAUGUCACAUACACAUAUUUAUUGGCUGGACCUCACAGCACUUUGAUCAAACUUAUAAUUAACACUUUAUAAUGAAUAAUCUUUUGUUGUUAAGUACCAUAUGACAUUGGUUAAAGUAAGUGUGCACACAUUAUCUGUUGGCUACCUUCUUUUCAUUAUUGUUUACAUACGAGCUGAUGAUAUUUUUAAUGUUCUUUGAUAAACAUAACCGCUGCAAUGAAAUUGCACAUGAUGCUUUUUAUGGAUGACAAGAACUUGAAGGGGAGGUGAAUUUUUAGAGUGAAUAAAAGCCUUUCAAAAAAUG